AUGAUACCAAUUUCUCCACCACUGCCACCUAAAGAAAUUACACAAGAGUACCUAUCUAAAAACAGGAAUAAGACUUCAAAAGACAAAGUAAAAUCAACAGAGAUAAUUAUAAUAUUGACUUCAAGAAAUCUAAAUAUAAGACCUUACUGGAAUGACCAUACAAGAAACUUAUCUCAUAGAUGGAUUCCAAUAAACACAAAUUCUUCUGAAAUAUAUUUACUAACAUUAUAUGAGGAUGAAGAUGAAGAAGAUAUCGAUGGAAAGAAAAGAAAAUCUACCUUGAUAUAA